GCUGCACUGUGCAGUCGACAGUGCUCACUGAAGAUGCUAGUUGAGCAUCAACCAAAAGCCGCGCUGAGAGUUGCGUAGUCGCAUCAUCCACAGGCUGGAUAUCUAUGAAGUAUCUUCUAUCAUACUAUUGCAAAACCCAAAUUAACUCCGUCGUGGUUUAGCAUUACGAACGAAAGUGGUUUACAUUUUCGUGGUUUAUUUGUUGUCUUUUAUAUUUUUCAUCAACAUCGGACCCAGUCGUGUUCAUGUCAAAGUAUUUCUGAUUGAUCUGGAGAAAUUAAUUUACACCCAGGAAUCUUCAAGACUUUUAUUAGAGACAGUAGAAAAAGAAAGAGACCACCUUUCCCAGCGAAUCGGAAAUAAUGGAAAUGUGGACUUGACUACUGACAUUAAGACGCCUUCAUGAAGGGGACAAGAAAAACGGACCACGGCGUGUAGUAUUUUUGUGACCAGUGCUGAAUGCCUUGAUUUUCUCUCAAGAUUUUCUCCUUGUGGAUUCUCUGUCUUCACGGAGGAUAUGUGCUUUCAUGGAAUUGCAACCUGAGAUUAUAUCCUUACUUGAGCAUUAUUUGAGAAUACAUGGGGCUCCGUACCUAUUUCAUUAAUAUGCAUGUACAUGCAACUGGAAACAUGGUGUUGAGCUAAACCACCGAGGAACAUUAUUAGCACAACAUUGUAUUCUUCUUUUAUUUUGUAUUGACGUGGACCUGUGCAACGGAACGUGCUGAUUGAGACAUUUCAACGUUUAAAGGAUUUUUGUUACUGCUUCAAAAUGGUCGGUUCUACAACAUCAUUCCUAGCUAGCAGUUGUCUCCUGAUGUGAACUGCGCAGAUUUGAUGAGUAGCCCUCCAGUUUUCCCGCACCCAUGCAGAAUGUAUGAGUUCUUAUUUUCUGUUACCAGACUUUUCCAAUAGAAAACUGAAAAUAUGUUUGCUCUGUUUGACAAAUAGUGAACGGGACUCUGUCAAAACAAUGCACACGGCGUACAUCAAAUUAAUCCAGCACCAGUUGCGAGCCUUUUUUUAUUUUCAAUAUUAACGUUUUUUCUCGGUAACUUUUACGUGUGGACAUACUGAAAUAUUUGGAGUACUAUAAUAACAUGCGCAGAUAAAACGAAUCGGUUAAUGAGAUGCAUGUGAUGAAAAGAAGAAAAACAUCAACAGGUCCGAUACACUUCAAGGAGAUGGAAUUUAUACACAUUUUCGUGUUUUUACUGUUUUGCUGGACUGGUGCAGACGCUCUGUUCACCCGGACAUACUAUGUGAAAGAGGAGCAGCCAGCAUACACGAAAAUAGCCAACAUAACCCAAGAAUUCAUCGACACUAAGUUAGCAGGUGCAAAUCAGUCCGUUUCCUUCCGCAUUAUCUCCAGCUCCGAGCCGAGAUGGGUGGAAAUCGACAAUAUGGGGGUUCUAAAAACCAAGCAGAAAAUCGACCGGGACGUGGUUUGCCGUCAUAACCCAAAAUGCGUUGUAACGUUGGAACUCAUGUCAAACACCAUGGUUAUAUGUGUGAUCAAAAUCGAAAUGGAGGACCUGAACGACAACGCGCCAAGAUUUCCAACAGACCACAUUGAUAUAGAAAUCUCCGAGAACGCCGACCCGGGGACCAGAUUUCCCCUAGAGGGGGCAAGUGAUCCGGAUUCGGGGAGCUAUGGAGUUCAAACCUAUACCAUCACCCCGAAUGAGCUGUUCGGUCUCGAGAUUAAGACCAGGGGAGACGGUUCUAAGUUUGCAGAGCUCGUUGUUGAAAAGCCUUUAGACAGAGAGGUUCAGUCUAGGUAUGAUUAUACCAUUACUGCAGAGGACGGGGGAGAUCCUCCAAAGUCUGGCAGGGUGAAACUAAACAUAAAAGUAAUAGAUUCCAAUGACAACAACCCAGUUUUUGAUCAGCCAGUGUAUUCAGUGAAAGUGAUGGAAAACUCUCCCAUCAACACCUUAGUUAUUGAUCUGAACGCAACAGAUCCAGACGAAGGCACAAACGGCGAGGUUAGGUAUUCAUUUAAUAGCUACGUCAGUGACAAAACACGAGAAGCUUUUAAAAUUGACACUAAAACGGGUGUCAUCACCGUCAAUGGACCUUUGGACUACGAAACUACGACGGUUUAUGAAAUUGACGUUCAAGCCAAAGAUUUAGGCCCGAAUUCUAUUCCUGCCCACUGUAAAGUGAACGUAGAGGUCCUGGACGCAAACGAUAACGUGCCAGUGAUCAACCUCUUACCAGUGAGUAGUGAGAUAGAGGAGGUGAGUGAAAAUGCGGGACCCGAGUACGUUAUUGCUUUAGUCAGGGUUUUGGAUAAGGACUCUGGUUUGAACGGAAAAGUCAAAUGCAAGCUUCUAGGUAGUGUGCCUUUCAGACUCCAAGAGUACGAGACCUUUUCAACCAUCCUUGUUGCUGGCAAACUGGACAGGGAGGAAAGGGAUAGGUACAACCUGACUAUUCAAGCUGAGGAUAGUGGUAACCCUUCUCUGAAAACGACUAAAUCAUUUGCCGUCAAAAUUAAGGAUGAGAAUGACAAUCCUCCCCACUUCACCAAACCACAUUACCAGACCAUGGUUAUGGAGAACAACACCCCUGGUAAACAUUUAUUCACAGUGACAGCAAAAGAUCCUGACAUGGGUUUAAACGGCUCUGUGACUUACUCCAUAGUAGAGAAGAAUGUGCUGGACAUGUCCAUCUCUUCGUAUGUCCAAGUAGGUCCCAACUCAGGGGAGAUUUACGCACAGAGAUCUUUUGACCACGAAAUGACUAGGUCUUUUGAAUUCAACAUCAUGGCCAAAGACCAGGGCCAGCCAUCUCUAAGCAGCACUUCCACAGUCAAAAUCGUCGUGAUAGAUGUCAAUGACAAUAUACCGUUCAUUACGUCUCCCCGUCUGGUGAACGGCACCGCCGAGGUGUCCAUCCCCAGAAACGCGGGAGUGGGCUACCUGGUCACCCAGGUGAAAGCCGACGACUACGACGAGGGUGAAAACGGGAGACUGACUUACUCCGUAACUGAGGGAGACAGGCCUUAUUUUGAAAUAGAUGAGAUGAACGGGGAGAUUAGGACUACGACGACUUUUUUUGAGAAAACCAAGACGACCUACGAGAUCACCGUGAUGACACACGACCACGGAAAGCCGUCUCUGUCCGCGUCUGCAUACAUCGUAAUCUACGUCUCCCCAGACCUGAACGCACAGGAGUCUAUUGGGCCGGUCAACCUCUCCCUGAUCUUCAUCAUCGCGCUGGGUUCCAUUGCUGCCAUCCUGUUUGUUACCAUGAUAUUUGUGGCAGUCAAGUGCAAAAGGGACAAUAAGGAGAUCCGAACAUACAACUGCAGUUUCUUCUACCUGCACAGGGUGGCGGAGUACUCCUACGGCAACCAGAAGAAGUCCAGCAAGAAGAAAAAGCUGAGCAAGAACGACAUCCGCCUGGUGCCGCGGGACGUGGAGGAAACGGACAAGAUGAACGUGGUGAGUUGCUCGUCUCUCACCUCCCCGCUCAACUACUUCGACUACCACCAGCAGACCCUGCCCCUGGGGUGCAGGCGCUCGGAGAGCACCUUCCUCAACGUGGAGAACCAGAACUCGCGCAAUACCGCGCCCAACCACGGCUAUCACCACACCUUCACUGGCCAGGGCCCGCAGCAGCCUGACCUCAUCAUCAACGGCAUGCCACUGCCAGAGACUGAGAAUUAUACCAUUGACUCCAGUUAUGUUAACAGCAGAGCACAUCUGAUUAAAAGCACAUCAACGUUCAAAGACUUGGAGGGCAACAGCCUCAAGGACAGCGGCCACGAGGAGAGUGACCAGACUGACAGCGAGCACGACGUCCAGCGAGGCCACUACCACGACACGGCCGUCAACGAGGUCCUCAAUAUGACUGUGCAGCCUAACAGCAGCCACCUACAAGACCACGACCCUUCUGAAGGCUUCCACUGCCAGGAUGAAUGCCGCAUCCUCGGCCACUCGGACCGCUGCUGGAUGCCUCGGGUUCCGGCCCGCGUCAAGUCCCCCGAGCACGGGCGCAACGUCAUCGCCAUCGAGGCGCCCACCAUGGAGGUGCCCCACUACGAGACCUGCGGCACGGCCAAAAGGACUUUUGCCACCUUCGGGAAGGACGGCUCGGACGAGGCGGACAGGGCCGAGCUGAAGGGCAAGCGAGGGGCAGGGUGCGACCAGCUGGUGUGCAGCCCCAAGGCCAACGGCUGCGCGGCGGGCCCCGUGCGCGAGGCCGGCAACGGGCGCGAGAACGUCAGCCCCAUCACGUCCCCCGUGCACCUGAAGAGCCCGGUGGCCAAGGCGCAGCCGCAGUCGCAGCCCAUGCCGCCGUCCGGCUACAGCACGCUGAAGUGCCGCGACGCCGAGCGCAUCGCCAACCACAGCCUGCUGCGGCAGCCCGAGGGCAAGGACAGUGAGCCGGCCAUGCGGGAGAUCAACGUCCUGCAGGACGCCCGCGACAAGGAAUCCCCCGGCAGCAAGCGCCUGAAGGACAUCGUGCUCUAACCCUUCAGAGCUGCUCCCCCAGACCUCCUUCUUCUCCUCCAUGGAUAGUGCUCCCGUCCUCUCUCCCUCACCACCGCCGCCGCUGCCACACACACACACACACACGAGCGCACACGAGACAGUCUGUGUGUGUGUGAGCGUGUGUGUGCGCACACAAGAGAGAGUAGGGGGGGGGAAAUAAACAACUCUGGAGGUAAACGAGAGGACACACGUCUGCAGCAAAGCAUUCCCUACAGCGGCAACGCAAAUGGACCAGGGUGACGAGAGAAGGAGAGAGGGAAGGAGAGAGGGAGAGGGAGAGAGCUAACGAUGGGAAGAUGUGCAGAGCUGAAAGUGUGUGCUUCAAAGGCCGUCGUCGUGGCUUCCUAGUAAUGGCAGUAGCUACUUGUGUUUUUUAUUUUUUUUUGUGUUUAAUGUUUUUUUUUGUGCGUUUAAUGUUAUUUUUUAAAAUAUCACAGCUUGGUGGUGAACAGAUAGAGGGCUUAUCGUGUACUGUGUGACAUGCCCCUUGCCCUCUGCUUACCUCUACAUCCGCCAUGGAAGGGACUCGGCAAGGACUUGUGUGGGGAUACUGUUUUUGACUGCUUUGAGCACAGUCAUGCCUUUUAAGACUUUGAAGUACUACUUUCUGAUAAUGCCUUUUUGGUACGCAGUUUGCUUCGGCUGCCAAAUCACUCUUCUUCGCUUCUGGGUUCUGAAGAACUUUGUGUUGGAACGCAACAGAUGGGGGUUUGGGGGGGGGGGGGG